AGGCCCCACGUGACAGAGGCAGCCUGAAAGCCCCAACAAAAGGAUUUGCUUCAUAUUCCUAGUAGCUUUACCGCCGCCCCAGAAUUUCCCCCCCUUCUUCGUUUGCGGAAAACGAGAGCGCCCAAACGAAUUGCGAAGUCUGAGGCGCCGUCAGAUUCCAGAAGUUUCCAUCGCCGUGACGAUCGUGCGUAGCCUGCGCAUUGGUCUGGUUGUCGGCGUCGGUCGAGUCGUGGGGUGCGCGGUCGUGCGAGAUCGAGGCGGGGAGCUCGCGAAUCGGAGGCCGCGGGGCGCAAUGCCGCGUCGGUAGGGAUGGCGGAGGCGGCGCCAUGGCGAGGGGCAUAGCGCGGGCGGUGUCGUUCGGGGGCCGCGCCACCACGGGGUGGUGCUCCUACCGGCGCGUCACCGUGGCCGUCUGCCUCGGCAACCUUGUCGCCGCGUUGCUCGUGCUCCGCUCCCUCACCGCCCCCGCUUCCUUCGCACCCACCGCUCCCAACCGCGUGGAAGUGGUACAGUAUACGGAGGAGCAGAUUAGGAGCGUGGAGGAGUCGAUCCGGAUUCGCCGCGAGGCGGAGCCGGUUGAGCUCGUUCUGGCGGUAAAGAAACUGCGGAAGAAAUUUGCCCAGGAGGAGAAGCGGCGACGGGAGGAGCUGCCACUGGUACUGAAGCAGAAGGUUUCUUAUGAUAUUGUGCGGCGGCUGCACGACUUGGGGGAUAAUGGCAGCCUCGCGGAGCAAAGAGUGGUGGAAUCAUGGCGUGUUGAGAAGUUAAAAGACAUCAAAGUUGCAUCCACUCGGAAUCAAUCAAAUUUGGACCUAUCUAGUAAGGAAACCAGAAUGUUAAAACGAGCCCUGGAGUUCAACUGGUAUAUGCUUAUGGAGGAUAUUGGCCUUUGGAUACCAGAGGAAGUCAAACAUACUGUACAUGAUGAUAAACCUGAAAAUGAACCAGAAGAAGAAGAGAUAGUAGCAGGUCCACCCUUGUCCCCACAAUGUAAUGCUGAGCUACAUACAGAUUAUGAUGGUGCUGCAGUUAGAUGGGGUUUAACACACCAUAAAGAAUCUGCUGCUGAUUGUUGUCAAGCUUGUCUUGAUCAAGCUAAGAAUGCCAAGCCAGGGGAAUUGAAGUGCAAUAUAUGGGUUUAUUGCCCAUCGGAAUUUGGAUGCUUCUCACCAGACAAAUAUGAGCAUAAGCAUCAGGAGUGCUGGUUGAAACAGGCUGACCACCCUAAACUCAACUUCAAAGACAAGUAUUCAGAGCCUUACAGAGAUGCUCAUCCCAAUGCACCUGUUGUCGUGCCGUGGAUGUCUGGUGUCACCAGUGCAUGAGCUACCAGUCCCCCAGCAGCUCAAUUGAGACUCCUGCUGAUCCAACUUAAACAGACAACCAUACAGCUUUUCUUUUUCCUUUUGCGACUAUACUCUUUUCUUGUUCUUCUUUCUGCCCCGGUAUAUACAAUGUAAAAGUAAAACUUAGCUUAGUCGACCUGGCAGCGAAAGUUUUUGAGCGAUGCUUGUUGGGGUACACAAUUGGAUUUGGUGGUGGUUAAUUGAAUUCAGUGGUUCACCUAUUGGUGAUCUUCCAA